UUAAGGACAUGCUGAGAUCAGGUUAGACACCUGUCUCACGUCUGCUCUUGUAGCACAACAAGGUAGCAGUUUGGCAAUUUCAGCACCCUGGACAGCUUCUGGUCCCGUUGAACAGCUCCAGCAAAGAUGUGAUAAGGACUCCCAUAAAGGACAACAACUGUUUUUUGUUGGUUUGUACUUUUUUUGUAUAUGGAUAAAUGGUGUGCAAAGGGGAACUGGAGAGCAGGUCUGUCAACAUGACAUACUGUCCUUAGAGGAAUGUUCAGAAAGAUCAAUAAUGUGUUCCGUCCCAACCAUCAUGGACAGAGAGGUCGUGAUGGUGGUGGUGGUAGUGGGUGUCGGGAAGAGCAGGACUACCACAACGCUUGCACUGUCAGGCUAGUGCGCAGCACCUCCAUGCUCGUUGUAGGAGAGAAAACUCAGGCAGCCGCGGGCUCGACUUUAAAACGGAGCAAAAGCACAGUGAGCAUCGAGUCGACCUUGUACUAUUAUCAGAGACAAGAGGACAGGAUAUGGCUGUACUCACAGAAUCAGAACUGCCUUGAAUACCUGGAAGCGCUUGUGGCUCUGAGGAGGCAGUACAUGAAGAGUGUGAGCGACUUGAAGGGUACAGACGCAAAGGCCACAGUUUCUUCCAAGAAGAAGCCUGCGCCCUCGCCGCCUAAAAAGGAGGGACCGAUAUCAAGAGCCAAACCCUCAGCACCCCCAGUUCCAACUGAGGACGACACUUUGCAGUUCUUUGAUGCGGUCAUUGCCAGCUGUGACAGCGAACCUCUGCGCAAGCCAUACAAGGAUGAUGGGCACGCAGACGUGGAUUUUAUUGUGGCCUCCAGCUCGGCCGAACAUGACCUCCACUCUAACUGGGUCUUGCGAGUUCCUCGAGUCUCAGAUGCUUCGGACCAGACAGCAGUUCCUGACUGUGCCAACGAAAGGAUCCCCACGAAGAAGAAACAGAGCGGGUCCACGAGCAGCAGGCUGCGACUUCAGAGAAACCCGAUCCACCUGCCCAAAGUGGUGGAGAGCGCAUUCCAGACACUGCGCUUCAAGCCCAAAUUAAAGAAGCAAUGAAGCUUAGUGGACAUUGAAAUCAGUAGCACUGCCACACUGAUCAUUUGACACCAGUAAAAUAAAUAAAUAAAGCU